UUGACUGAACACACAACGAAUAAGCACUCCGACCUCCCCCACCGUGAUUCGCUUCUUUCUGCUCCUUGUUCAUGAAGGUGUUCCUGUAAUCCAUCUUCAUACCGCGAUCAUCACAGCUUUAAUUCCAAAAUUUCAUGGAUUUUGAGGUGGACGAUGAUGUUAAUGGUGAGGUAUUAGUUAAUUCUGCUGAUGUGGAAGGCAGGACUGUUGAUGAUGAUGGUACUGUAGGAUGUUCUGUUGUAGGGAUAUUUCAGGAUGACCAUGAUAUCAAAAUAGAUCAAGAUGAGUUGGAAAGAGGAAUAGAUCCUUUAGACGAGCCCCAUGCAGUCAAUGGCUCUCUUCUAGGGGCAGAGCCCUAUUUGGGGCAGGAAUUUGAAUCCGAAGCGGCAGCGCAUGCGUUUUACAACGCAUAUGCAACACGAGUGGGAUUUGUUAUCCGCGUGAGCAAGCUUUCUCGAUCAAGGCGUGAUGGAACCGCCAUUGGGAGAGCUCUUGUGUGCAACAAAGAGGGUUUUAGGAUGCCAGACAAGCGUGAAAAGGUUGUUCGACAAAGGGCCGAAACGAGGGUCGGUUGUAGAGCAAUGAUUUUAGUUAGGAAAGUAAGCUCUGGAAAAUGGGAAAUUACAAAAUUUGUCAAGGAGCACACUCACCCAUUGACACCUGGAAAAGGCCGUAGGGACUUGAUCUAUGACCAAUACCCGAACGAACAUGAUAAAAUACGGGAACUUUCACAGCAGCUGGCGAUCGAGAAAAGGAGGGCUGCAACAUACAAAAGACACCUGGAAAUGGUUUUUGAGCAUAUUGAAGAACACAAUCAGUCUUUAUCGAAGAAGAUUAAAGACAUUGUAAACAGUGUGAAGGAGAUGGAGUCGAACGAGCUGCUGCAAUCACAUAGAUAGAUAGUUUUUCUGUUUUUUAUAUCAAAAAAUUUAAUCAGAAAGUAGCAUCAUCCAGGAUGAUGCCAUUUUUAUGUUUUGUUUCCAGGUUACUCGUGUAAAGUUGUGAAAUGUUAUAGGGAAUUGAUCCUUAGUCCUAGGCGGCGGCUGCGGCUGCGGCUGCUGCUGUAUACAUUGAUCUUUGGGGAUGUGCCUGAAAAUUUCAAUGAUAAUUACUACCAGCUUCAUU